AGGAGAAGAAGAAGGUGAAAAAGAAGAAGGUGAAACAGAAGAAGAAGAAGAAGAAGAAGAAGAAGAAGAAGGUGAAACAGAAGAAGAAGAAGAAGAAGGUGAAGAAGAAGAAGAAGAAGAGGGUGAAGAAGAAGAAGAAGAAGAAGAAGAAGAGGAAUCAGAGUUCAGCUCUGUUGAUCUGGAUAUAACCUCCAUUCUAAAGUCAGAGAGUGAAGAGGAGGAAUCAGAGUUCAGCUCUGUUGAUCUGGAUAUAACGUCCAUUCUAAAGUCAGAGAGUGAUGAGGAAAUGAGCUCACCUAGCAGAUCAAGUUCAGACAAAAAGGUAAAGUUCAAAGCCGAGCACACGGUUCACCUUAUCAAGAAAGACAGUGAAAUAGGGAUUAAAGAACUGGGCAAGGUUCACUUUACUGAACCGAUACUGCAAGACGAUCGAAAUUCAGACAAAAAAGUCCCACGAAUAAAAAGAAAGGUGUCAUUUGGUUUCAGCAAGGACAAAUCCUACGGCUACUUUGUCAAUCCGCUAUAUAAAAAAUCUUAUGAAACCGAAAAAAAUAAAAAAAAUGCGUGCGACAAGGACGUUUGUAACCAGUGGAGAACCAACACCCACACUGACUGCUACAACCUGAACCAGUUUAGAGAGAAGGGCCUCCCCACCUCUGGCAGCGAGCCAGAGCCCGGGUUCAUAUCCAGCUCUGUGGGGUUUGUGACCGGUCUGUGUGGUGGGAGACGGAGGGAGACUGACAUGAGGGGCUUCAACCUCAUGGCGUUCAUUAUAUCAGGAGAGUAGUGGUUAUGUGCUCUGUGGUGGGGGACGGAGGGAGACUGACAUGAGGGGCUUCAACCUCAUGGCGUUCAUUAUAUCAGGAGAGUAGUGGUUAUGUGCUCUGUGGUGGGAGACGGAGGGAGACUGACAUGAGGGGCUUCAACCUCAUGGCGUUCAUUAUAUCAGGAGAGUAGUGGUUAUGUGCUCUGUGGUGGGGGACGGAGGGAGACUGACAUAAGGGGCUUCAACCUCAUGGCGUUCAUUAUAUCAGGAGA